AUGGCGGAUGAAUCUGUUCCUCUUCCAACCCGCUUUAAAGCAAUUCCCCGGAGAGGGUUGCCCAAGGUUAAAUCGGGGUGUAUAACGUGCAAGGAAAGACGAGUAAAAUGCGGGGAAGAGAAACCCGAGUGCAUUCGAUGCAUCAAAUUUGGGGCAGUAUGUGGAGGUUACCCGCCUCGAAAACCAAAAGCUUCACGAUCAAAAGCGUCAAUAGCACCCAAGAAUUUCACUGGCUUUAAGUAUGAGAAUUUAUCGCAGAUUAAACUACCAGAAAAAGCAAUUGUCUCUGUGACGAGAGUGUCACCUACGGCGAGCCACUUUCAAAAUGACGAUGAAUCACGAUAUUUUGAAGUGUUCAGCACGAAAACUGCCUUUGAGUUGCUUCCCCCAUUUGCUGCUCAGACCUUUCAUAGAAUUAUGCUUCAGGCGUCCCAAUCUGACCCGUCUAUUCGUCAUGCAGUGAUUGCUUUAGGAGCACUUGAUAAAACCAGUCAACUUGUAGCAAAAGCAGAUGAAGAUGCGAGCCAGAAAGUGAUACUGCGCAGACAUCAUGAUACUGCUUUACAACAAUAUGCACUCGCUCUUAAGCACAUGCGUGAGCGAGCUGGCACAGAUAAACCAGAUCUAAGACUCGCCCUCUUGAGCUGUCUUGUCACAUUAUGCUUCGAAGCAUGGAAUGGAAAUCAAGCACUAGCAAUGGCGUCCGUAUCCCCUUAUCCUACUCAUAACACCACUAACACUCUCAGUCAAAUCCAAACCGGCUUCAAACUAAUCCAAGCCUGGAAAGAAGAAAUCGGCGCCACAAACCCCCUUCUGUCAACGCCCGCCCACAACAACGACCUCCUCCAGAUCUUCGCUCGUCUCGACGUCCAAGCCAUCUCCUUCGCCAAAGACGGCUGGAUGAAAGAACACCCCUUCGUCUCAGGCAACAUGAAAGCCUUCUGGGACGCCAUGCCCAGUACCUUCACCACCCUCGAAGAAGCCGAAUCCUACAACAACGGUCUCGCCCGUCGCACCAUGCACAUCCUCUCCGUCGGCGUGCGUCCCCGCAAGCAAAAGAUGUUCCCCGUAAACGGCUGGUGGGGCGAAACCGACCCAGCAGUCGUAGCAACUCAACAAUCCCUCCUCAACGACUGUGACCGCUGGGUCUCCGCCUUCACGUCCCUCUUCAACAAGACCAUCGCCUCAGGCGACCCAGAACGUAUUUUGUUUGCCAAAAUGCUCAAGAUCUUCAUCCACACCGCCAUCCACGGCACCUUCAUCCUCUGCUGCGCCGACGAAAUGCUGUACGACCAAUUCCUCCCCGGCUUCGCCGAAACCGUCGCCUUCUGCUCCGACGUACUCGUCUCCAUCGAAAAAGACACAUCCAAAUGGCCACCUGACCCGAAAUUCUCGUUCGACAGCAUGGUUAUUAUCCCCCUUUACAUCGUGUCGCAUAAAUGUCGAGAAGGCGCUAUCCGACGACGGGCGAUACAGUUGCUGCUUACGUAUUCGCGACGGGAGGGCGUGUGGGAUAGUUUGUUUGCGGGGAAGAUGGGCGAGUGGGCUAUGCGUGUUGAGGAGGAGUUUAUGGUUGAUGGACAAGUGCCAGGGUGGGCGCGGAUUCAUGGCGUGGGGUUUGAUAAUGAUGUUGCGUUGAGACGGGCGGUUUUGACGUGUCAGCAGAGGGUUGGGGAGGAGAGUUUGGAGGAGGUUACGAGGACGCAGGUUAUUACUUGGUAA